AUGGACUCCGAUGAUCUUGCGAAGCAACAGUCAGAUCGGAUCUUUCAGGUGCGGAUACAGAACAUGCUUGGAAAUUCUUCGGAGAACUUGGUAGGCAAACUUGCUUCCCGGCAUUGCCCUGGUAGCAUACCUAUUACGGCUUCGCGGCUCCCGAAUGGCGCCUUUAAUAUUUGUUACCGAGUUACUUUUGAAAAUGGCUAUCGAGUUAUGGUUCGCUUUGUUGGCCUUGGUCGAGUCAUUGCUCUCAAUGAAAAAGUUAAAGACGAGCUAAUAGUUACGCUUAGCCUAGGUAUUUCUAUACCUAUCUUAAGGAGAGCUUAUUCUGAUAUAGCGGAAAUCCUAUUAGAGCUAUCUAAGCCCGAGUUCCCCAAAUUAGGGCCGUUAAAUAAGAUAAUCUUCGAACGAGGACGCUUUAGCAGUGCAGCAGACUAUUUCGAGGAGCUUGCUCGUUAUCAGUUUUUCUAUCUCGAGCUACAACGAAAUAAUAUAGUUACAGAUAAGUUCGAUUACCGAAAGAAGUAUAUUGCGCGUUGCCUUUUCCGCAAACUUUCACGUGAGAUAUCCAAAAAACACUGUAGGGGCCCUUUUCGCCUUUACUGCGAUGAUUUGCGUCCGGAAAAUGUCCUUGUUGAUAUAUCGGGCCUUACUGUCACUAGUGUGGUUAACUGGGAGUAUACCUAUGCUGCUUAUGUUAAAUUUACACUUACUGCUCCUUAG